AGUAGCGCGCGGAAAGUAUCGCUAAUCGUAGGCUCGAGCGACGCGAGAGGCAGCAGAAAGGCAGGAACGGCUGCACGAGGCGCUGCGUGCUGUUUGGAGGGCUGCCUGAAAUGAGACCAUCCUCUGCGUUUCUCAUGGACUGAGCUCUGCAGUGGGUGAAAGGAUGUGAAUCUCUCCCUUGUUCACUGUUCCUGGGAUGUGUCCAGCUCCACGGGCGUGUGAGGGAGACGCUGAUGGAUGAAAUGAUGGAGGAGUCGAGGGAACAGUCGGGGGGGAGUGGAGAGGAGGAGGAGACUGAGCCGGGUUUGUUGACUGAAAUAGUCCAGGUCGGCGUGGACGCUGAAUCAGGUGGAGAUGGGGAGAUAGCACCUGCUGAUUGGCUGGAACCACUGGAUGAGGAAUGUGGCGAGGCUGGGAAAGAAGGUGUGCAGAAUGGCAGCAGCGAGCAACAAGGCGGCAGAAGGAAAAGAGGAGGAUGGCGGAAAAGAAAAGGAGGAAGGCGGAAGGUCCUUUUGACUGAUGAUUGGAUAGACUGUUCUGAACUGGGCAAAGGCUGGAAGAAAAAAAUCAUUCAUCUGCGCAGCACUUCUGACAUACCCAAACAAACCAUGAACUACAUGAGUCCAAACGGCUUCCGCAUCAGGAGUAAAAUAAACCUUAAGAAACGCGUGAAGGUCGACGUGACUAACUUUGACUUCCAUAAAGGAAUAUUUGUGGAUGAUCUUGUCAAACCAAAGCGACAGCGGUCCAGAUCCUUACAUUCGUCGUUUUCUUUCUCCACUGAUGCCCUCCAAACCCAAGACAGUAUCACCGAGACCCCUCAGAAACCACGCCUCACCCGCAAAUCUCUUGCAGCAAGUGCAGCCGCACCUUUACCAUUAAAUGAGCUUUCUAGCAGCCCAUUAAAGCUAAGCCAUGUAUCCCCUACCACACAGCAAGCACCACAACCCAGCCUUUCACCCUCUCUACGACUGGGUGACUUCUCAACCCAAAUAGAGAACGAUUUUAUCACUCCUGAAAAAAACAAAACUGCAUUACUGUCCCGUUCCUGGCUCCAGUCCCCCCUGGCCCCUGUCAGCCCAGCUGAAACUCCAUCUGAGAAAGACCCGCCCACAUUCCUGAGUGCACUUAAAAGCUCCCCAGACAUCCAUCGGCCAUCGGACGCCAGUGCAGCGAUCAAUGGAGAGAAGCAGGAGAAUGGUUUCUCUUACAAGAUCUGUGUAAGCUGCGGAUCUCAGUACCUUAAUUCAGAUUGUAAAGAUGACGGCUUGUGUAUCCUGUGCUCAGUAAAGCCAAGGCAGCGGCCUCCUCCUCACAUUAUCUUUAAAAAGGUGGGACAAGAUAAGUGGAUAGUUGGGAAAAGAAAAUCUGAAGGCUUCAUGAAAAAGAAGAUUACUAAGCUAGGGAAGAAAAGUAAAUCUAGAUCAGUGCAAUUGUUGGCCAGAAAGGAAAAGAAAAAAGAAAAUCCGGAAAUCAAAACGCUGGACAGUGAGGAGGAUGAUUAUGUGCUUGAUGAUGGUGUUGAUGAUGACGACGACCCAGAAUUUGGGCCAAAGAAAAGGAAACGGCGGAUGUGUGGCCAGUGUAACGCCUGCCUGCGGAACCAGGACUGCGGCAAAUGUGAUUUCUGCAAGGACAAACCCAAAUUUGGCGGCCAUAACAAGAAAAGACAGAAGUGCCGCCUUCGCCAGUGCAAGUUUCGAUCUCGCCUGAAGACGUGGAAAAUCAGACAAGACCAGAGCACUGGAUUGGUCGACGAGGCCGAAGAUGAUCAGGAGGACGAGCUGGAGGAUGAAAAGCACAGCAGAUCUCAGAGGAAGCGGGAUCACCAGUGGAAGGAUGUGUUUACAGACAGUGAAGCUGAAGAUAAUGAGGAUGAAGAGCACCACCCUGGCAAAAAAGGGCGAGAGGGCAGGAGACGAAAAGGGAAGUACAGCUAUAAACUAGAGGAAGAAGAUGAGGAGGAUGAUCGGACGGGGGGAGCAGAUGUCAAGAAGGAUGGAUUGAACUCUCUGGAAGAGACCCAGUUUGUGGUUGGUGAUGAUGGGGAUAUUGUAUUUUACGAGGAAAUCAACGCAAACAGACACACACCCGGUGCUCAGAAUGGCAGUAUGGAGAUUGUGGAGAGCAGCGACGGCCAGCCUGCACUGGUGAUGUCUAGCCAGCCUUCUCAGGACUGGGUCUGCACUGUAGCAGGCUUGCCUGAGGGAUCUCAGGUGCUGGGCUCUGUUAACCUGAGCAGCAAUGGCCCUGUGCAGCUGAGCGACGUCUGCCCUUCUUCCUCUGCACCAAUCUCAAACAUCCUUACCAGUAACCCGCACCUCAGUGAGAUUAUAAACACCAACUGGAUCAAUCUUAACUGGGCAGAAACAGCCAUGCCACAGGUCAUCCAACAACCAGAGCCCACGCCAGAACCUGCAAAAACCCCACCUUUGGUAUUACAGACCCACAGUUUGUUAGACGAUGACCCAGUAGAGGACCCGGGGCUGCUGGAGCUGCUGACCUCCCUGCGCCGCACCGUGCUGCCGGCUCACUGGGUGGGCGUGAUGGCUAAGGGACCGCUCCUGCAGGUGUUCCAGUGUUCCAAGCUCUCGCCCAUGGCUGACACUGUCCUGCAGAUCGAGAAAGACUUCUACUUCCAGAUCAACGUCCAGAACCAGCCGCUGCUCCUCACGCACCCGGUCUACGAGCGCCACCCACCACGCCUCCCCUCGGCCAGCCUGGUGGUGGCGCUGCUGCUGGACCUGGAGGAGAUGAACGUGUGUCAGGGGUACCAGAGCUUUGAGGAGGGGCCGAAUCAAACCCCACUGCUGUGCGCCCGUGCCGCGCUGUGCCAGCUGAUUAUCCCGCAGGACGAAGAGUGCUGUGAGAGGUGCCUGCUGCCCAUCAAUAUCUAGAGGGUCAGCAGGCGACCUGGAAAUGAUGCCUCUAACCCCGGAAGCUUCCCAGAGGUGCUCAGAGCAGACUGCACCAGUCCAACUGAAUUACAGAAUCUUUAAAAAUUCCAGUAUGAGCUAUGCCAAAACUCUAGGUAGCAAAACUUCUUUAAGUGUAGUGAUAAAUCGAAAGUUCUCCCAAGCAAGUGUUGGCUCCAGAGGGAUUAUGGAUGAUAUUCAUCGUGCUGUAGCCGAGCUUGCAGCUCUGCAAGUAGUUCCCCGGUGUGAUACUAAAUUCAUCCAGGACCUUCCCAGACAUUUGAGAUUUUUAUUAUAAUUUGUUUUAUUUAUGAUUAAAAAAUAAGAAGGUGCAAUAGGCCUUUCAUACCUGUCACUUUGUACAGUGUUGCUCUUUCAGUUCUUUAGCCUUGAGCUGCUUCCGUUCAUAAUAUGGUGCUUUCUGCAUGCCUGGUUGGCGGAACACUCUCUGUAGCAAAGCAUGUCCUUCCAGGCUCUGCGAAUCUCCAUCAAGGCCAGUCCUGUGGCCUUCAAGGGAACAAACAGUAGUAAAUUCUUGGCCACCGUCCAGCCAGCUGCCUGAUCUUUUGUUAUCUUUCAUUUCUUUUGAGAAACUUGGAGAGGGUAAAGGGAAGUGGAUGAAGUAAACUACCUCUCAGUGGUCCCCUGGACCAGCAUUCAGUUUCAGCCAUCUACUGGUGUCCAUAACUGAUCAGCGUUGCUUCUCACCAUCGCUGUUUUCGUGUUAAAUGUGGAUUUCAGUUUCUUCUUUUUUUCCGGAUUAAGUGAGUGUCUUAGGGUGCUAACACCUACAGCUACUAUACAAAAAAAAAUAUCAAACAAAUAUAGUACAAUUAGGACAUCCCAUGAAAUAAAAAAUAGCACACCCCAUGACUUAAAUAUAAAGAUAUUUGAUCUUUGAGUAUUUGAACAAUAUUGAAAGAGAUGAAAGUAUAUGUUUAAUAUACUCAGAUCGAGCAUAACAUCAUAACCACCUAUUUUUCAACCCCAAUUAUCACUUUUUUCAAUUCCACUGAGCAAAUAGGAGUAUAUUUGUAGCUGUUACAAGUGGAUCAGAUGCUGCAGCAGUGCUGCUGGAGUUUUUAAACACUGUGUUUAAUCACUCACUGUCCUCCACUCUAUUAUAGGCUCCUACCUAUAGCUGCUCCACCUUGUAGAUAAUGUAAGUAAAGUCACUUCUAGACUCAGUUUAGAAGUGACACUUAGCCCUAUCUGGACGGGAUUAGUUUCUCAGGGGUCCUGGGGUAAUUUUCUCUGUUAAAACGACCAUGUAUGUUUUUUUUAUUCUUUCUCAGACAUCCUCUGAGAAGAUUACAGGCUAAAUUAUCUACUGUUUUGUCUCCUCGCAUUUAAUAAAAUAGCUAUUUGUCCACUGCUGCGCACCAUAAUUACACUUUGAGCGCACGUUUCCUCUGAGAUCCACAUAAACACAACAGUGAGUGGAAAUGGAGGAGCUACUGAACGCAAUGUCACAUGACCGAGAAAGCCAAUAAACUCACUGGUACUGUUUUUUUUUCAAUUGCAGUCCAAAUGCAAGAGUUUUAUCACUAAGUAGAAGUGUAAAAUAUUUUUCACAGACGUCCCCCUGAGAAACUAAUCCGAUCCGGAUAGGGCUUAAGGUGUUUAAAACCUCCAGCAGCACUGCUGUAUCAUACCAGCUCAACACAGUGUCACUACAUUGCUAAGAAUGACCCACCACCCAAAUAAGAGCUGCUCUGUGGUGGUCAUUGAUCUUUGAAGAACAAUGUAAAAGGAGGAUAAUAGAAGAAUUACAGUCUUAUUAUAUAUAUGUACAAAUUAUAGAUAAAAAACAAAAAACAAACAAUGGGUUUCAUGGGGUUUCCUAAAGUCUUAACAUGACUGUAUAUAGUUAAUAAUAAUUUUUGCAUCCCCACAAUCUCCACGUUAGUAGCCGUGUAAUACUUUAGCAAUCAGCAUCUUACUUAUACAGGAGUUUUUUUAUUUAUUUGUUUGUUUGUUAGUUUUUUCGACUCAAAGCUGUGAAAUAUGCUUGUUUUGCCCCCCUUCCCCCAAAAAACUUAAGUAAUUCUAAUGGCCUUAAUUAUUGAUACAGAUCGAGUAGCAUUUUAUUUUUAUUUUUUUCAAUUUAAUGUUAACUUAAAUGGUAUGUUGUGUUGAUUUCUGCUUAAAUCAACCACACUGUAAUGUGACGAAUAAGUGAGGUUCUCAUUAUUAUUAUAUAUAUAUAUAAUUACUCUGCAUAUAGGACAGAAUUCAGAUAUGACCUUGUUCUCUUUGCUAAAAGAAACUGAUGCACAUGCACAUGAGAGAAUCGUAAACAGAAGCCCAACAGUUUUCCCAGUGUUCCCAGUGUUAGCUAUAUGCUAUAUGCUAUCAUCCCUAUCAAUAUCAGAGUGCUAGUUAACCCUUUCAGACCCUGCGUCAAUCACAAUGGACAUCAUGUAGUUUCUUUUUUUCAAUAUUUUAAAAUUUAUUUUGCACAGAACACUAAUUGAGAGCUGUUGUUGUCCAUCAGAAAAGAUCAUAAACCAGCCAAUGAAAGAGUUGCUUAGCCCCGCCCACUGCAAUAAUCAAAAGAAAAUCACCAACUCAGAACAAAUGAGGGAAAAUAAUACAAGCUCAUAUUCAAUAAUAAAAUGUUAGGUAAUUGGAUUUAUUAUUUUAAUUUAUAUUUAAUAUUAGGAGGGUAGUGUCUUAUUUUCUUAUAUUUAUUCCAUCAGUAGUUCAUCCUUCAGGUCUGAAAGGGUUAAAAUACUCCAAAACUCCAAGUUUGUUUUUUCUCCAGCAGUGGUGCUAUCAACGGAACAUUAAAUCCCAUAUGUUUUCCAUAUGUUUUGCUGGAAAUAUAGUUGGAAAUGUACAUUAUAUGGACAAAUGUAUUGGGAUGUCUGUAUGACACCUGCUCAUUUGAUUGACUCAAUCGUCCUGUUUUUUGUUAAAGUAACUGUCUCAGUUUUAAUAAGGAAUGCUUUCUACCUUAUUUUGGAUUUGCAUUGCUGUGAGGAUUUAAUUGCAUUCAAAAACAUUGAUUGCAAACAAAAAGAGCAUUAGAGAGAACAGGAUGUUCAUCUUAAAUUAACAACGGGUGCAAAUUAAAGUAGCUGAAUCUCACUCUCAUAUUAGAGAGGGUUUCCACAAACAUUUGGACAUAUAGUGUAUACAUUUCUGGUGACUUUGUCUGUUUUUUUUUUCUGCAUUCCUCCACAUGUGGACAAACUGUAAUAACACUUUAUUUUGCUGCUUUCACUACUGAUACACUAUAUAUUUAACACAGUAAGAUAAACUAUAUGUCUUCAGUAAGGAGCUGCACACUCCACAUUGGUUGUCCGACUCCAGUAUUGAUGGGUCACAGAUAAGCAGACUUCAGCCUCCUGCCUCACUGAACACUCCUAAUCAGCUAAUUAAUAAGGGAUUUCAUUAUUAUUAAUGUAUUAUACUGUACUGUAUGUAUUCUGUGUGUCUGCGAAAUACACAUAAAACAUACAGUGUACAGAUUGGGCUUACAUGCACCUGAUCGGCUUUAUAGUGAUACAUAAAAUAUGAUUUAUUAACUUUGAUUUAUUGAACAUUUAUUAUAGGGUUACAAAUGCAUAUCGUCGCUGUCCAAUGAAAAACAAGCAUUUACAAAACAGUAACUUCGCAGGAGAAAGAAAAAACUUCAACUUCAAUGGAAGUCAAUAUAAAAAAAAUCUCUCUCUCUCUCUCUCUCUCUCUCUCUCUCUCUCUCUAUAUAUAUAUAUAUAUAUAUAUAUAUAUAUAUAUAUAUAUAUAUAUAUAUAUAUAUAUAUAUUUCAGGUCAUUUUGAAGUAUUUCUAUUAGUCUGUUCAUCAAGAAAUUUUGCCACAAUGUUCUUGUGUUCAAUUUAUGUAGUUAACCAAAAAAUUGACAAAACUGAAGACGUUUCAGUGUUGCGUCCCAGCGUGCAAUUUAUGCAUCAAAUUUUGGUUUGCAAAAUCAGUCUAAGAAUGCAUCAAAAAUUUGGCAACCACAAUUGUUUGGCUAAAAAAAAAAAAAAAACCUUUUAGCUUAAAAUUCUCAUUUGGCAACCACCAACAUUUUCACUCUAGUGACCAUGCAGCAAGAGUGUGGAAAAUGUUCUUGAGUAAAAGUGUGUUUCUACUCUAUUCAUUACAUUUUAAAAGUGAAAAUAAAUAAAUUAUUAAAAUGUAUAAUUUAAGCAUCUAAAAUAAUAAGCAUAUAAUGAUUAAAGAUGAGUGGACUUGCACCAGAGGCCUUAUAAUCCAGUCUGUUUACUGAUCAGCCAUCAGCAAAACGUUAUCGGGCAGUUUUAUUUAAGACCUGUUCAGCUGUUUGAAUGGGGAGAAAGAAAAUACUAUAAAAUCUGAUAAAACAUCAUAAACAGUUUGUAUUGUUUAACUUGUAAAAUUAUUCCACAAAAAAAAGAUUUUUCAGCUUGUUACGGUGCUGCGCUUGCACAGAUCUCCAUACCACAGGGAGAUUUCUCUCCUCAACCAGCAAGCUUAUUGGCUGUUAGAUUUAAUCAGCAUAACUUGUGUUUCGAACAUUCGUAAUUGCAUACCAUGUCGAGCGUUAUGAGCGCUCCCAUUAACCGAUGAUGGGUGGUCUCCUCAUUAAUAAUCACAAUAUUAAAGCAGUGUUUAUACAGGGCGAGGCUGAACUCUGCUGGUCAUGUGACUUUAAGAGCUGAUUGUUAUUAUGUUAUAUUAUAUUUCUCCUGCUGUAGUAUAGUUUAAUAUAUAUUUUAUAUAAGUACUUGAGAAAACGACAAGGAUUUCCCACUCAGCACAAUCUAACUGCGUCUCGGCUUUCAUUCACUCACCACUGAACUGCAGAUGUAAGAGCUUCAUGCUGCUGUUUAAACUUGUAUAAGAGCUUCAUAUGCUUCAUUUUGGGCCAGUUGUUUUUUUUUUUUUGUAUUAAUGUACUUUUCUGUUUUCAUGGGUCUGAAAUCUUUCAUGGGUCUGAAAUCUUUCAUGAACAAAUGACAGAAGAGAAUAUGAUCUCUGAAGUUUGAUUUGUUUGAUUUGUUUUUGAGGACGCAGCUGAUGUAUCCUUCCCAUUCCUCAGUUGCCCACAUUUGUUCAUGCAUGUAUGUAUGAUGCAUAUGGAUGAAAGUCAAACUGAGCACCACAAAAAUAGGAGAGGGACAAAGAAUUCAGAACAUAGCUAGUUUAAAAUCUUAUUUUGAAUAAGUCUAAUUUAUUUAUGUGUAAAAAGGAAAAAGCAAACAAGUUCCGUGGCGUAAUUGCAAGAAACGAGAGACUUUCUGGUGAUUUCACUACAAAACCGUGUUCACCUGUUGCGCAAGUGUGACCGAUAGGCCUCGACUGCAGCCUGUGCUUUGCAGCGCAGCUUUAUCUAAUUAAUUAAUCAAUCCAAAUUUUUGCUAAUUUGUUUUUCAUUAUGACAUUUUGUGGAUCUGGUUGGUGUUCUUUACAUUGUUUCAGAGUUCCAUAAUAAAAAAGACCAGUAGAAAUGCUCCAGAAAAUAGUUUUACAUUGACUUUCAUUGAAUUAUUAUUUUUUUCUUUCUAAAAAAUUUACAUUUUGGAGAUCUACAUUUUUGUUUUUUGUUUUUCUUUUCUUCUAAAAGGUUAUGUCACUUUUGUCUCUCUCACACUUUAUUCCUGAAUAUUUACCUCAGUUGUACAGUACUGUAUAAAUACUAGUCUAACUUAAGCCAGUCACUUCUCUCUGUUAUUUUAGAUUUUAGAAAUCCUUUCUGUUUAAUAAGUUACUGUUUCUGUGAGUACAAGACAAGAACUGUUGCAGACUGUAAAAUAUUAUGUUUAGAGAUUAAUUUAAAUGGUCUUAAGAUGAUAUAAAGCCUAAAUGUUGUCAUUGGUAACAUCUCUGAUUUCUGAAUGUACUGUAGUCUACUGUAUGUACGUUUGUGUUUAAUGUCCUGCUCUACUGCCACUGCCAAAGUCUGUUUAUAAAACAUGGUGUAAAAAGCAAUUUCUACAGAAAUGUAUUAAAUACUUUUGUUUUCUAUGAAGAA